UAUUGUUUUUUUUUAUUGUAGGAAGUCCAGAAGCAUUCUGUGCACACACUUGUGUUCAGAUCUUUGAAGAGAACCCAUGAUAUGUUUGUAGCUGAUAAUGCCAAGCCUAUCCCGUUAGAUGAAGAAAGUCACAAAGUGAAGAUGGCAGUCAAGCUGCGUACAGAGUACGGCUCAGUGUUACACAUGCCUACUCUUAAAGAAAACUUGAGAGAGAAAGGAAGCCCGAACACUGGGGAUCCUUAUGGACACAAGCAGUAUUCUGGAAAUCAAGGACAAGAACUUGAAUAUUUGAUAACAGGUACACAUCCAUAUCCACCUGGGCCUGGUGUGGCUCUGACAGCAGAUACUAAGGUCCAGCGGAUGCCUAGUGAAUCUGCAGCACAGUCCUUAGCUGUAGCACUUCCUCCUUCUCAGUCCAGGCUGGAUGCAAAUCGGACAGCUGCUGGGGUGGGUGACGUUUACAGGCAUGCUGGAAUAUCUGAGCGUUCACAGCCUCCGGGGAUGUCUGUGGCUAUGGUGGAAGCUGGUGGAAACAAAAAUUCUGCAUUAAUGGCAAAGAAGGCUCCAACCAUGCCCAAACCUCAGUGGCAUCCACCUUGGAAACUGUACAGAGUUAUCAGUGGUCACCUGGGCUGGGUGAGAUGUAUUGCAGUAGAACCAGGGAAUCAAUGGUUUGUUACUGGCUCUGCUGAUAGAACUAUAAAGAUUUGGGACCUUGCUAGUGGCAAAUUGAAAUUGUCUUUGACGGGACACAUCAGUACUGUACGAGGGGUGAUAGUAAGUGCAAGAAGUCCGUACCUCUUUUCUUGUGGAGAAGACAAACAAGUGAAAUGCUGGGAUCUUGAAUACAAUAAGGUUAUCAGACAUUACCAUGGUCAUCUAAGUGCUGUCUAUGGUUUAGACUUGCAUCCAACAAUAGAUGUACUGGUAACAUGUAGCAGAGAUUCAACAGCACGAAUUUGGGAUGUGAGGACGAAAGCGAGUGUGCACACGCUAUCAGGACACACAAAUGCAGUAGCAACAGUGAAAUGCCAAGCUGCAGAACCACAAAUUAUUACAGGCAGUCAUGAUACUACCAUACGGCUCUGGGAUUUAGUGGCAGGAAAAACUCGUGUUACUUUAACAAAUCACAAGAAAUCUGUAAGAGCAGUAGUGCUACAUCCAAGACAUUACACGUUUGCAUCUGGUUCCCCAGAUAAUAUUAAGCAGUGGAAGUUCCCAGAUGGAAAUUUCAUUCAGAACCUCUCUGGUCACAAUGCUAUUAUCAACACGCUGGCUGUAAAUUCCGAUGGCGUUCUGGUCUCAGGAGCUGAUAAUGGUACUAUGCAUCUUUGGGACUGGAGAACUGGAUACAAUUUCCAGAGAGUACAUGCAGCUGUACAGCCAGGCUCUUUGGACAGUGAAUCAGGAAUAUUUGCUUGUGUUUUUGACCAGUCAGAAAGCAGGUUGCUAACUGCUGAAGCUGAUAAAACCAUAAAAGUAUAUAAAGAAGAUGAUACUGCGACCGAAGAAACUCAUCCUGUCAGCUGGAAACCAGAAAUUAUCAAGAGAAAGCGAUUUUAGUGUGGCACCAUACUUACGCUGUAAUAUUGUUUUGGCUUCCCGCGGAGCAUUCAGUCACAUGUUUUUCUGCCUAUAACAGCAGAGCAGGAAGUCAGCUAAGUCAUUGCUAUUUCAACAGGUUUUAUAAUAAAUUUUAUUUCUUUUUCCUUUUGUCUUUUUUUUGGUGUGAUCCCAGCAAACUAGUCGCAGCUGUUAACUUUUUCUUUGUGGGGCAUAUAUAGUUCAUGAAGAGGAUAGAUGUGCAGGUGGUUACUUUUUUAUAUUGAUCUACUGAGUGUAAGUCUAAAAACACUUUGAGCCAGGUUUUCUGAAAGACUCACUUGACUCCAGAAGUUAAUUGCAAAUUUAUGCGUAGAAGCCAUCUAC